CGUUGACGCCUGAUUGUUGGAGACCGCAGUGUGGGGUAGGGAAGGCCAGCACUGGCCUUUCUGCUCACCUGCCACUGUCUUCCCCCGCCCCCAAGGCUCACAGCCCCGCAGAGGACCUGGGCAGGGAGCGCCAUGCUUCUCUCUGCCCUCCUCUUUGGGAUGGCCUGGGCACUGGCUAACGGCCGGUGGUGUGAACAUACAGAAACCUUCCUGGUGGAGGAGGAAGUGACCCCCCGCCAGGAGGACCGGGUGCCUUGCACCAGCCUCUACCAUUACCAGCGCUUGGGCUGGCAGCUGGACCUGUCCUGGAGUGGACGUGCUGGGCUCUGUCCCAUCUACAAACCCCCAGAAACCCGGCUCGCUGCAAGGAACCGGACAGUGAGGGCUUGCUGCCCAGGCUGGGGGGGCACCCACUGCACCCUGGCCCUUGCAGAAGCCACCCCUGGGGGCCACUGCUUUGCCACGCGGCAAUGCCAGCUGCAGGCAGGCUCGGCUAAUGCUUCUGCGGGAAGCCUGGAGGAGUGCUGUGCUUGGCCUUGGGGACACAGCUGGCGGGAUGGCAGCUCCCAGGCCUGCCUCAGCUGCUCUAGCCGACACCUCCCAGGCAGCGCUCCCUCUCCAGCCGUCCUGCAGCCCCUGGCGGGGGCCGUGGCCCAGUUCUGGAGCCAGCGCCAGCAGCCCUCGGCCACCUGCGCCACCUGGUCAGGCUUCCACUACCGCACCUUUGAUGGACGCCACUACCACUUCCUGGGCCGCUGCACUUACCUGCUGGCGGGCGCCCCGGAUGCCACCUGGGCGGUCCACCUCACGCCCAGGGGGCAUUGCCCCCAGUCUGGGCACUGUCAGCUGGCCCGAGUAAUGAUGGGACCUGAGGAGGUGCUGAUCCAGGGCAGAAACGUCUCUGUGAACGGGAAGCUGGUACCUGACGGGGAGUCUCAGCUGCUCCACGGGCUGAGCCUGCAGUGGCAGGGGGACUGGCUGGUGUUGUCUGGGGGUCUGGGGGUCACCAUACGCCUGGACAGGUCCAGUUCCAUCUCUGUUUCUGUGGACUCUGAGCUCCAGGGACAAACUCAAGGUCUCUGUGGAGUCUACAAUGGCCAGCCCGAGGAUGACUUCCUGGAGCCCAGAGGGAGACUGGCUGUGUUAGCUGCCACCUUUGGGAAUUCCUGGAGGCUCCCUGACUCUGAGCCUGGGUGUCUGGAUUCAGCAGAGGCGGCCCAGGGCUGUGAGGGCCCCCUGAGCAGCUCAGAGGCAGGCAUGCAGGCUGAUGCCCAUGAUGUAUGCUACCAGCUGCUGGACAGUCCCUUCAGGGAAUGCCAUGCCCAGGUCCCCCCUGCUGAGUACCACCAGGCCUGCCUCUUUGCCUACUGUUCUGGGGCCCCAGCAGGCAGUGGGCAAGAGGCCCGUCGGGAAGCCGUGUGCAGCACCUUGGCCAACUAUGCCCAGGAGUGUGCCAAGCAGCACAUCCACGUGGGCUGGAGGAAGCCAGGCUUCUGCGAGCGUCUGUGCCCGGGGGGCCAGCUCUACUCAGACUGCGUCUCGGCCUGCCCACCCAGCUGCUCAGCAGUGGGGGACGGAGGAGAGGGGUCCUGCCGGGAAGCGUGCGUGAGCGGCUGCGAGUGCCCGCCCGGCCUCUUCUGGGACGGCGCCUUCUGUGUGCCUGCUGCCCGCUGCCCCUGCUACCACCGGCGCCGGCGCUACGCUCCCGGGGACACCGUGCGCCAGCUGUGCAACCCGUGCGUGUGCCAGGACGGCCGCUGGCUCUGCGCGCAGGCGCCGUGCCCAGCCGAGUGCGCGGUGGGCGGGGACGGGCAUUACCUCACCUUCGAUGGGCGGAGCUUCUCCUUCCGCGGCAGCCCGGGUUGCCGCUCCAGCCUGGUGCAGGACCUGAAGGGGCAGCCGCUGAUUGUGCUGGAGCACGGGGCUUGUGACACUGGGAGCUGCCUCCACGCCAUCUCUGUGUCCCUGGGAGACACGCACAUCCAGCUCAGAGACUCAGGAGCUGUACUCAUCGAUGGGCAGGACGUGGGCUUGCCAUGGAGCGGGCCCAAGGGCCUCAGUGUUUCCCGCGCCUCCUCCACCUUCCUACUGCUGCGCUGGCCUGGGGCCCAGGUCCUGUGGGGAGUGUCUGACCCUGCAGCCUACAUCACUCUGGACCCCCGCCAUGCCCGCCAGGUGCAGGGUCUGUGUGGCACCUUCACCUGGAACCAGCAGGAUGACUUCCUGACACCUGCCGGCGAUGUGGAGACCAGCACCGCAGCCUUUGCUAGCAAGUUCCAGGUGGCAGGCGAGGGAAGGUGCCCCUCAGAAGACAGCGCCCUACUUUCCCCCUGCAGCACCCACACUCAGCGCCACGUUUUUGCAGAGGCAGCUUGUGCCGUCUUGCAUGGCCCAACCUUCCAGGAAUGCCAAGGGCUGGUCGACAGGGAGCCGUUCCACCUGCGCUGCUUGGCGGCCGUGUGUGGCUGUGCUCCUGGCAAGGACUGCCUGUGCCCUGUGCUUGCUGCCUUUGCUCGUCGCUGUGCCCGGGAGGGUGCCCUGUCUCUCUGGAGGUCCCAGACACUGUGCUCUGUCCCGUGUCCCAGCGGCCAGGAGUACCAGGAGUGUGCCCCAGCGUGUGGUCAAAACUGUGGGGAGCCAGAAGACUGUGAGGAGCUGGGGAGCUGUGUGUCUGGUUGUAACUGCCCCUCAGGACUGCUACGGGACCCCGAGGGCGAGUGUGUGCCCCCCAGCUUGUGCUCCUGCCAGCUUGGAACUCAGCGCUAUGCACCUGGCAGUGUCACCAUGAAGGACUGUAACCACUGUGUCUGCCAGGAGAGGGGCCUCUGGAAUUGCUCUGCUCAGCGUUGUGGCCCCCAGCGGACAUUCUGCCCCGGUGACCUUGUCUAUGUCCCUGGUGCCUGCCUUCUCACCUGUGACAGCCCUGGAACCAACCACUCCUGUCCCCCAGACAGCCUGGGAAGCUGUGUCUGUCCCCCGGGCACUGUGCUGCUGCACGAGCGCUGCGUGCCUCCUGAGCUCUGCCCCUGCCGUCACGGUGGGCAGUGGUAUCCGCCCAACGCUACCAUCCAGGAGGACUGCAACGUUUGCGUGUGUCAGGCUCGGCAGUGGCACUGCACAGGCCACCAGUGUGGUGGGUGGUGCCAGGCAUCGGGCGCCCCCCACUACGUGACCUUUGAUGGGCUGGCUUUCACCUUCCCCGGAGCCUGUGAAUAUCUGCUGGUGCGAGAAGCCGGCGGCCGCUUCACCAUCUCCGCCCAGAACCUGCCCUGUGGGGCCAGCGGGCUUACCUGCACCAAGGCGCUGACCGUGCAGCUACAGAGCACCAUCGUGCACAUGCUCAGAGGCCGGGCAGUGACAGUGAAUGGGGUGAGCAUAACGCCCCCCAAAGUCUACACGGGCCCUGGGCUGAGCUUGCGUCGUGCUGGUCUCUUCCUGCUGCUCACGACCCGCCUGGGCCUCAGCCUGCUGUGGGAUGGAGGCACCCGGGUCCUGGUGCAUCUGUCCCCACAGUUCCACGGCCGCGUGUCUGGGCUGUGUGGAGAUUUUGAUGGAGAUGCCAGUAACGACCUGCGGAGCCGCCAGGGCGUCCUGGAACCCACUGCUGAGCUGGCUGCCCACUCCUGGCACCUGAGUCCACUCUGCCCUGAGCCAGGAGACCUGCCACACCCCUGCACCGUGAACGCCCACCGGGCCGGCUGGGCCCGUGCCCGCUGCGCAGUGAUGCUGCAGCCGCUCUUUGCCCGCUGCCAUUCGGAGGUGCCCCCGCAGCAGCACUAUGAGUGGUGUGUGUAUGAUGCCUGCGGCUGCGAUUCGGGGGGCGACUGUGAGUGUCUCUGCUCGGCCAUUGCCACCUACGCAGACGAGUGUGCCCGGCACGGGCUCCCUGUGCGCUGGCGCAGCCAGGAGCUCUGCCCUCUGCAGUGUGAGGGAGGCCAGGUGUAUGAGGCCUGUGGCUCCAUGUGUCCGCCCACCUGCCAUGACCAUGGUCCCGAGCCCGGCUGGCAUUGCCAGGCCAUCGCCUGUGUGGAGGGCUGCUUCUGCCCCGAGGGGACCCUGCUGCAUGGAGGGGUCUGCUUAGAGCCAGCUUCCUGCCCCUGUGAGUCCGGGGGCAGCUUCUUCCUACCGGGGACUGUGCUGCAGAAGGACUGUGGGAACUGCACAUGCAAGGAAAGGCAGUGGCUUUGUGGGAGCGACAGUUCCGUCUGUGAGGAGCCAGAGCCUGGUUGUAUGGAGGGAGAGGCCCCAUGCCGCGAGAGUGGGCACUGUGUGCCCCACAGGUGGCUUUGUGACAACCAGGAUGACUGUGGCGAUGGCUCAGACGAAGAGGGCUGUGCCACGCCAGGCUGUGGGGAGGGCCAGAUGUCUUGCAGCUCCGGCCACUGCCUGCCCCUGGCCCUGCGCUGUGACGGGCAGGACGACUGUGGAGACGGGACGGAUGAGCAGAGCUGCCCUUGCCCCCGUGGCUCACUGGCUUGCACUGAUGGGCGCUGCCUGCCCCUGGCCCUGCUCUGUGACGGGCAUCCCGACUGUCCAGAUGCUGCUGAUGAGGAGGCCUGUCUGGGACAGCUGAACUGCACUCCUGGGGAGCUGUCCUGCGUUGAUGGCACAUGCGUGGGGGCCAUCCUGCUGUGUGACGGAAUCUGGGACUGCCCAGAUGGAGCGGACGAGGGACCUGGGCACUGCUCCUUGCCUUCGCUGCCCACGCCCCCAGCUGGCACUCUGCCUGGCCCUUCCACUGGCUUUGGGAUGAUUGCUCCAACUCCCCCCACCAGCGCCAGCCCUGCGCCACCCUGCGGCCCCCUCGAAUUCCGGUGCGGCAGCGGCGAGUGUGCGCCCCGGGGCUGGCGCUGCGACCGCGAGGAGGACUGCGCGGAUGGCAGCGACGAGCACGGCUGCGGCUGGCCCUGCGCCCUGCACCACGCGCCCUGCGCCCGCGGCCCGCACUGCGUGUCCCCCGCACAGCUGUGCGACGGCGUGCCGCACUGCCCCGACGGCUCGGACGAGGGCCGCGACGCCUGCGAGGGGAUGACAGCCCCAGGAGGCCCCAAUGGGACCAGGGCUCCCUGCCCGGAGUACUCCUGCCCUGAUGGCCUCUGCAUCAGUUUCCAGCUGGUGUGUGACGGGCAGCCUGACUGUGAAUCGGUGGGGGAGCUAGGACCUUCCCCAGAAGAGCAGGGCUGUGGGGCCUGGGGUCCCUGGAACUCAUGGGGGCCGUGCAGCCGGACAUGUGGGCCCGGGGUGCAGGGCCGGAGCCGCCGCUGCUCCCCCCCUGGUCUCCGGGUGCUGCAGCACUGCCCAGGCCCGGAGCACCAGACUCAGGCCUGCUUCAUGGCUGCCUGCCCAGUGGAUGGCGAAUGGACCCCCUGGUCUCCUUGGUCCCUGUGUACUGAGCCGUGCAUGGGCACUGUGACCCGUCAGCGACAGUGCCACCCCCCCCAGAAUGGGGGCCGGACCUGUGCCAUGCUGCCUGGGGACCCUCCCACCACCCGCCAGAGCAGGCCGUGCCCUCAGGCCGGCUGUCCCAAUGCCACCUGCUCCGGGCAGCUGGUGUUCUGGCCCUGUGCCCCCUGCCCUCUGACUUGUGAUGAAAUCUCUGGUCAGGCUGAGUGUGCGGCUACCCGGCCCUGCAGCGGCCCUGGCUGCUGGUGCCCUGCCGGCCAGGUGCUGGACAGUGAGGGCCGGUGUGUGGGGCCCCAGCAGUGCCCCUGCCUGCUGGACGACACCUGGUACCGGCCGGGGCAGCGCAUCAGGGCCGACUGCCAGCUCUGCACCUGCCAAGACGGACGGCCCCAGCGCUGCCGGCCCGACCCAGCCUGCUCCGUGAACUGUGGCUGGUCCUCCUGGUCCCCCUGGGCUGAAUGCUUGGGCCCCUGUGGGACCCAGAACAUUCAGUGGUCCUUCCGGAGCCCCAACAAUCCCCGCCUCUCCGGCCAAGGUCGCCAGUGCCGGGGCAUCCACCGCAAGGCCCGCAGGUGCUGGACGGAGCCCUGCACGGGCUGUGAGCAGCAGGGCCGGGCCCACACAGUGGGGGAGCGCUGGCGAGAGGGCCCCUGCAGAGUGUGCCAGUGUCUGCACAACGGCACCGUGCGCUGCUCCCCCUACUGCCCACUGGGCAGCUGCCCCCAGGACUGGAUCCUGAUGGAGGGAGUGGGAGGCUCCUGUUGCCACUGCGCCCCACCUGGUGAGAACCAGACGGUCCACCUCCUGGCCACUCCUGCCCCCUCUCCAGCCCUCAGUGCCCAGAUCGGAGCCCCUCUGGUCACCUACGUUCUGCCUCCGCCUGGAGACCCCUGCUAUUCUUCGCUGGGCCUGGCCCGACUCCCUGAGGGAAGCCUGAAGCUGGAGCCCCCCACCCAGGCUGCCCUCCUGGGGGCUCCCACCGAGGGGCCUGGCUCUCAGGGUCGGAGCACUCGGAGGCGCACCCGCCCCCCCUUCCUGCAGCUCAACCUGCUGCAGCCUAGGAACCUCACUGGCAUCAUGGUGCAGGGGGCUGGGCCCUCCGCCUCCCUCCAGUUUAGCAGCGAUGGUCUACACUGGCACAACUAUACUGACCUCCUGUCCCCAGCCAAGCUUUUUGCUAGGAACUCGGACGAUGGGGCCCCCACAGUGUGGACUUUCGGCCGGAUGGUGCAGGCACAGCACGUCCGGGUGUGGCCCCACAUCAGCCAUCGUGACGCCAACUACAGCAUCUCCCCAGGGGUGGAGCUGCUGGGCUGUGCACCAGUGUCCCCGCUGGAGGCGCCCCCAUGCCCAGGAGGUGGGCGCCGCUGUGCGGGUGCUGAGUGUGUCCCGCGGGGGGAGCCGUGCAACGGGGUGAAGGACUGUGAGGACGGCUCCGAUGAGGAGGGCUGCACGCCCCCGCCCACCGCCACUGGCAGAGUCUGGUCCGCAGCCACGAUCCCAGCCCCGACAGCUUCCACCCAGCCUGGACCGCUGCCCCCCCAGCCCACGGAGGCUCUGGGAGAGGCUGAGCGCUGGCAUCCCUUGCGAGGGUCACCCAUACCCGCCACAGGGAAAGGACCAGUGACUUGGGCCCCAGCUUCCGAGCCUCCUUACUUGAGUCCUGGGGAGCCUGUGCAGACGGUGACCACCACCCCCACAUCCCAGGUGACCCCAGGGGGAGGAUGCGGUGGGCAGGUGUCCCGUCAGCCGGCUGCGGUGGUACCCACAGGCCAGAGCAUCGCCCCAGAGCCCUUCCCACCUGCGCGGUGCAGCCCAGGCCAGGUGCCCUGUGAGGUGCUGGGCUGCGUGGAGCAGGGACAGCUGUGUGAUGGCAGGGAGGACUGUCUGGACGGCUCUGACGAGAGCCACUGUGCCUCGUGGGCAGCGAGCCCUGUGCCCUUCACGGUGCCCACCAAGGCCCUGGCCGGACUGCUGGCCUCGCGAGCCCCCUGCUCCCCGAGCCAGCUGAGCUGCGGUAGUGGGGAGUGCCUGCCGGCUGAGCGGCGCUGUGACCUGCGGCCAGACUGCCAGGACAGUUCAGACGAGGACGGCUGUGUGGACUGUGGGCUGGCGCCCUGGUCUGGCUGGAGCGGCUGCAGCCGCACCUGCGGGCCGGGCCUCGCCUUCCAGCACCGGGACCUGCUGUGGCCUCCCCUGCCUGGGGGCAGCUGCCCGUCCGACAGGCUCCGCAGCCAGCCCUGCUUCGUGCAGGCCUGCCCAGUGGCUGGGGCAUGGGCUGCCUGGGGGGCCUGGGGGCCCUGCAGCGUCUCCUGUGGGGGUGGCCAUCGGAGUCGCCAGAGGAGUUGUGUGGACCCCCCGCCCAAGAAUGGUGGUGCCCCCUGCCCCGGGGCCUCUCACGAGGGGGCACCCUGCGCCCUGCAGCCCUGCCCAGGGGAUGCGGGCUGCGGGCCAGGCCAAGUGCAUGUUAGUGCUGAGCUCUGCCGGAAGGGGCUGGUGCCACCGUGUCCGCCCUCCUGCUGGGACCCUGAGGCCAACAGAAGUUGCAGUGGGCCCUGUCUAGAGGGAUGCCGCUGCCCCCCUGGGCUGCUCCUCCAUGAUGCUCGCUGCCUGCCGCUCUCUGAGUGCCCUUGCCUCGUGGGUGAAGAGCUGAAGAAGCCGGGGGCGCCCUUUGUCCUGGACAACUGCAGCCACUGCUUGUGUGAGAACGGGGCCCUGCUGUGUGAACCCCGGGGCUGCCCUGUGCCCUGCGGCUGGUCAGCCUGGUCCUCCUGGGGUCCCUGUGACCGCUCCUGUGGCUCUGGAGUGAGGGCCAGGUUCAGAUCCCCUUCCAACCCUCCGGCUGCUUCCGGGGGUGCCCCGUGUGACGGCGACAGACAGGAGCUCCAGGCCUGCCACAUGGAGUGCAGGAUAGAGCUGCUGGGCUGGACCUCCUGGGCACCCUGGUCCUCCUGCUCCCAGAGCUGCCUCGCCGUGGGAGGAGGCCCUGGUUGGCGCAGUCGUUCCCGGCUCUGCCCCAGCUCCGUGAACGCGUCCUGCCCAGGAGAGGCCACCCAGGAGGAGGCCUGCAGCCCCCCUGUGUGCCCAGUGCUAAGCGCCUGGGGUCUGUGGGCUCCGUGGUCCAUCUGCUCGGCCCCCUGUGACGGAGGCGUCCAGAUACGUGGGCGCAGCUGCUCUGGUUCCACUCCUGGUGACCCCGACUGCCAGGGACCUCACAGCCAGACCAGGGAUUGCAACACGCAGCCCUGCGCAGCUCAGUGCCCGGGAGACAUGGUGUUCCGCUCCGCAGAGCAGUGCCAGCGGGACGGGGGCCCCUGCCCUCAGCUGUGCCUGGCUCAGGACGCUGGGGUCGAGUGCACCAGCUUCUGCACCCCUGGCUGCACCUGCCCGCCUGGCCUCUUCCUGCACAAUGCCAGCUGCUUGCCCCGCAGUCAGUGCCCCUGCCAGCUGCGUGGGCAGCUCUACGCCCCGGGAGCACAGGCUCAGCUGGAUUCCUGCAACAACUGCACCUGCGUCUCUGGUGAGAUGGCGUGCACCUCGGAGCCCUGCCCAGUGGCCUGUGGCUGGAGCCCCUGGACCCCGUGGAGUGUCUGCAGCCGCAGCUGCGACGUGGGCCUUCGGCGGCGCUUCCGGGCGGGCACUGCGCCCCCCGCUGCCUUCGGGGGUGCUGCGUGCCAGGGCCCCAACAUGGAGGCCGAAUUCUGCAGCCUGCGGCCAUGUCGGGGUCCCAGUGGGGAGUGGGGCCCCUGGUCCCCGUGCUCUGUGCCCUGCGGCGGCGGCUACCGGAACCGCACCCGGGGCGGUGGCCUGAAUGGCCGUGUGGACUUCUCUGCCUGCGGGCUGCAGCCCUGCACCGGGCCCGUGCCUGGUGUGUGUCCCAGGGGCAAGCGGUGGCUAGACUGCGCCCAGGGCCCUGCCUCCUGUGCAGAGCUCAGUGCCCCUCAAGGGACAGACCAGACCUGCCUUCCCGGCUGCUACUGCCCAUCUGGGACUCUCCUGCUGAACAACGUGUGCGUGCCCUCCCAGGACUGCCCCUGUGCCCAUGGGGGGCGCCUUUAUCCCCCGGGCAGUGUGGUGCUUCGUCUCUGCGAGAACUGCUCCUGUGUUUCUGGGCUUAUCACCCACUGCACCUCCUGGCCCUGUGAGGAGGGUCAGCCCACGUGGUCACCCUGGACCCCAUGGAGCGAGUGCUCAGCCUCCUGUGGCCCUGCCCGACGCCACCGGCACCGCUUCUGCUCCGGGCCUCCCACCAUGGACCCGUCUGUCCUGGCGCUGCCAUCCCCACCAACCUGGCCUACCCCUCUUUGCCCAGGCCCCGAUGCUGAGGAGGAACCCUGCCUCCUGCCAGGGUGUGACCGAGCUGGGGGCUGGGGGCCUUGGGGGCCCUGGUCCAGCUGUAGCCGGAGCUGUGGGGGAGGCCUGCGGAGCCGGAUGCGAGCCUGUGAUCAGCCUCCACCCCAGGGCCUGGGGGAUUACUGUGAGGGGCCUCGGGCCCAAGGAGAGGCCUGCCAGGCUCUGCCGUGCCCAGUGACCAACUGCACUGCCAUUCAGGGGGCGGAGUACAGCCCUUGUGGCCCUGCCUGUCCUCGCUCCUGUGAUGACCUCGUGCACUGCGUGUGGCACUGCCAGCCCGGCUGCUACUGCCCUCCAGGCCAGGUGCUGAGUGCCGAUGGGGCCCUCUGCGUGCCGCCCAGCCACUGCGGCUGCCUGGACCUGCUGAGCGGGGAGCGGCACCGGCCGGGGGUUCGGCUGCCCGGGCCCGACAGCUGCAACUACUGCACCUGCUCAGAGGGGAGGCUGAACUGCACAGACCUGCCUUGCCCAGUGCCGGGUGGCUGGUGUUCCUGGUCGGAGUGGACGGCGUGCUCCCAGCCCUGCAGGGGUCAGACGAGGACCCGCUCCAGGACUUGCACCUGCCCCGCUCCUCGGCACGGGGGCACCCCAUGCCCUGGUGAAGCAGGGGGGGCAGGGGCCCAGCAUCAGAAGGAGACUUGCCCCAGCUCCCCUGACUGCCCAGCGGAUGGAGUCUGGAGCCAAUGGGGACCGUGGUCUCCCUGUGACCCGUGCGUGGGGCAGUCCCAGCGAAGUCGGGAGUGUAUCUGGCCCCCCACCCCUGAGGGAGGCAGGCCCUGCCCUGGGGGCUACAGGCAGAGUCGCCCCUGCCAGGACAAUUCCACACAAUGCCCAGACUGUGGGGGUGGCCAGGGUCUUCUCCCAUGCGGGCGGCCCUGUCCCCGCUCCUGCCAGGACCUGUCUCCUGGGAGCAUGUGCCAGCCAGGUCUGACGGGCUGCCAGCCCAGCUGUGGGUGCCCCCCCGGCCAGCUGUCGCAGGAUGGGCUUUGUGUGCCUCCCGCCCGCUGCCGCUGCCAUUACCAGCCUGGAGCCAUGGGGAUUCCUGAGAACCAGAGCCGGUCAGCAGGGCCUGGGCUCAGCUCCUGGGAGAGGCUGGAACCCGGAGAGGUGGUGACUGGGCCCUGUGACAACUGCACCUGUAUGGAGGGCACCCUGCAGUGCCGGGAGGUGCCUGGCUGCCCUGGUCCUGGGAUGUGGGGUUCCUGGGGUCCCUGGGAAGACUGUAGUGUCUCCUGUGGAGGAGGGGAGCAACUCCGCUCCCGGAGAUGUGCCCGGCCCCCCUGCCCCGGGCCUGCCCGCCAGAGCCGCACCUGCCACACCCAGGUCUGCCGAGAGGCAGGCUGCCCGGCCGGACGUCUGUACCGGGAGUGCCCGCCCGGCGAGGGGUGCCCCUUCUCCUGUGCCCACGUCACUCAGCAGGUUGGCUGCUUCUCAGCUGGCUGCGAGGAGGGCUGCCACUGCCCCAUAGGCACCUUCCAGCACCACUUGUCCUGUGUCCAGGAGUGCCCCUGUGUGCUCACCGCUGCGCUGCUACAGGAGCUGGGAAUGGCCGGCGCUGACCCUGCGGCUCGGCCCCCCAUUCUGGGAGAGGGCGGUCAGCCCCUUGGGCCUGGGGAUGAGUUGGGCUCAGGCCAGAGCCUUCGUAUGGGCUGCAGGAACUGCUCCUGUGUGCAUGGGAGGCUGUCUUGCUCCAUGGGGGACUGCUCCAAGGCUAGUGAUCACUUCGGUCCUUGGGGGCCAUGGGGCCCAUGCUCCCGCUCUUGUGGUGGGCUGGGCACCCAAACCCGCAGCCGCCAGUGUGCGCGGCCCUCCCCGGCUCCAGGCAGCCAGGGCUGCGGAGGGCCCCUCCAGGACCUCAAGUACUGCCCCAGCCCGGACUGCCCAGGGGCUGGAGGGUCCACAGUGAAGCCAGUGACAAGUCUUCCAGGUGGCUGGGGCCCGUGGUCCCCAUGGUCCCCUUGCUCUCACACCUGCACAGACCCCACCCACCCUGCUUGGCGCAGCCGCACUCGCCUCUGCCUGGCAAACUGCACCAGCGGGGACCCUUCCCAGAAGCGCCCUUGCAACCUGCCCUCCUGCACAGAGCUGCCCCUGUGCCCCAGCCCUGGAUGUGUGGCUGGAAACUGUUCCUGGACCGCCUGGGCCCCAUGGGAACCUUGCUCCCGAAGCUGCGGAGUGGGCCAGCAGCAACGCCUGCGGGCCUACCGUCCCCCAGGGCCCGGCGGGCACUGGUGCCCCGACAUCCUCACCGCUUACCAGGAGCGCCGCUUCUGCAACCUGCGGGCUUGCCCGGUGCCUGGAGGCUGGUCACGCUGGAGUCCCUGGUCCUGGUGUGACCGGAGCUGCGGAGGGGGCCGAUCCCUAAGGAGCCGCAGCUGCUCCAGCCCCCCACCCAAGAAUGGGGGUGCCCCCUGUGUUGGGGAGAGGCACCACACUCGGCUCUGCAAUUCCUUGCCCUGUGAGGAGGGCUGCCCAGCAGGCAUGAAGAUGGUCAGCUGUGCUAACCGCUGCCCCCGCCGCUGCUCAGACCUCCAGGAGGGGCUCGCGUGUCAGGACGGCCAGACCUGCCAGCCGGGCUGCCGCUGCUCUGACGGCUUGUUGGAGCAGGACGGUGGCUGCGUGCCAAUUGGGCACUGUGAAUGUACAGAUGCCCGGGGCCAGAGCUGGGCCCCGGGCAGCCGGCACCAGGAGGCCUGCGGCACGUGCACCUGCCACGCUGGGCGGCUCUCCUGCACGGCUCAGCCCUGCCCGCCACCUGCGCACUGCUCCUGGAGCCGCUGGUCAGCCUGGAGUCCCUGCAGCCGCUCCUGUGGGCCUGAGGGGCAGCAGAGCCGCUUCCGGUCCUCCACAUCGGGCUCAUGGGCCCCGGAGUGUCGGGAGGAGCAGUCCGAGAGCCAGCCCUGCCCUCAGCCCCCGUGCCCACCCCUGUGCCUGCAGGGUGCCCGUCUCCACACCCUGGGGGACAGCUGGCUGCAGGGCGAAUGCCGACAGUGCUCCUGUACCCCGGAGGGCAUCAUAUGUGAAGACGUGGAGUGUGCAGUACCCGGGGCCUGGACGCUCUGGUCCCCCUGGUCUGAAUGUCCUGUCUCCUGUGGAGGUGGAAACCAGGUUCGUACCCGGGUCUGCAUGGGCUCGGCCCCCAGCCACAGGGGGACCCCCUGCGUGGGCCCUGACACGCAGACGCAGCACUGUGGACGGCAGCCUUGCCUGGGGCUGCUGGGGGCUUGCUCCUGGGGCCCGUGGGGGCCCUGUUCCCGCAGCUGCGGCCCAGGCCUGGCCUCCCGCUCUGGGUCCUGCCCCUGCCCACUGGCCGAAGCUGACCACACUUGCAAUGGCACAUUCCUCCACCUGGACACCCAGGCCUGCUACCCGGGGCCCUGCCUGGAGGAGUGCGUCUGGAGCAGCUGGAGCAGCUGGACACGGUGCUCUUGCCAGGUGCUGGUCCAGCAGCGCUACCGGCACCAGGGCCCGGCGCCUGGAGUGGGCCGGGCCGGGGAGGGCUCUGCCUGCACUCGACUGGAUGGCCACUUCCGGCCCUGCCCCACUGCCAACUGCUCAGGAGACAGCUGCACCCCUCCCUUUGAGUUCCAGGCCUGUGGCUCCCCCUGUGCCGGGCUCUGCACCACACACCUGAGCCAUCGGCUCUGCCAGGACCUGCCGCCCUGCCAGCCCGGCUGCUACUGCCCUGAGGGGCUGUUGGAGCAGGCCGGGGGCUGCAUUCCCCCAGAGCAGUGUAGCUGCCUGCACCUCACAGGGGAAGGAGCCAGGCUGACCCUGGCCCCCGGGGAACGCCUGCGCCUGGGCUGCAAGGAGUGUGAGUGCCAGCGUGGGGAGCUGCAGUGCACCAGCCAGGGCUGUCACGGUCUUCUGCCUCUGAGUGGGUGGUCCGAGUGGUCACCCUGUGGGCCCUGCCUGUCUGCUGGCAUGCUAGCCCCUGCCUCCAGGACUGCCCUAGAGGAGCGCUGGUCUCAGCACCCAGCUGGCCCCUCCCCGACCUUGGCCCCCUGGCUGGCUUCGGAGCAGCACCGCCAUCGCCUGUGUCUGGACCCUGAGACAGGGAGGCCAUGGGCUGGGGACCCAGAGCUCUGCACCACACCACUUAGCCAGCAACGCCUCUGCCCGGACCCUAGGGCCUGCCAUGACUUAUGCCAGUGGAGUCCUUGGGGGCCCUGGAGUGCCUGCCAGGUACCCUGCAGUGGGGGAUUCCGACUGCGCUGGAGAGAGGCAGGGGGCCCCCCUGGAGGGGGCUGCCGGGGGCCAUGGGCUCAGACUGAGAGCUGCAACGUGGGGCCCUGCCCAGGGGAGAGCUGCGAAGCCCGGGACACUGUGCCCACCCUUGACUGUGCCAACCGGUGUCCCAGAAGCUGUGCUGACCUCUGGGACCGCGUGCAGUGUCUGCAGGGACCGUGCCGCCCAGGCUGCCGCUGCCCCCCUGGCCAGCUGAUCCAGGAUGGGCUCUGCGUGCCCAUCUCCUCCUGCCGCUGUGGCCUUCCCAGCCCCAAUGCCUCAUGGGUGGUGGCCCCCGGCGAGGUGGCACAGCUGGGCUGCAAAAACUGCACCUGUCUCAAUGGGUCCCUGAUGUGCCCACACCGUGAGUGCCCAGUCCUUGGGCCAUGGUCAUCCUGGAGCAGCUGCUCUGCUCCCUGCGGUGGGGGCACCAUGGAGCGGCAUCGGAGCUGUGAGGAGGGACCUGCGGGGGGGCCAUGCGAGGCCCAGGACACAGAGCAAAGGCGGGGAUGUAACCUGCAGCCCUGCCCUGACUGCCCACCUGGCCAGGUGCUCAGAGCCUGUGCCACCACAUGCCCCCGCCUCUGCUCGCAUCUGCAGCCUGGUGCCCCCUGCGUGCAGGAACCCUGCCAGCUGGGCUGCGGCUGCCCUGGACAGCAGCUGUUGCACAAUGGCACAUGUGUGCCGCCCGCUGCGUGCCCCUGCGCCCAGAUCUCUCUGCCGUGGGGCCUGACCUUGCCCCUUGAGGAGCAGGCCCGGGAGCUUCCCCCAGGGACUGUGCUGGCCUGGAACUGUACCCGCUGUAUCUGCCGAGAUGGAGCCUUCAACUGCUCUCCAGCUGACUGUCACGAGUGCCCCUCUGGAGAAAUGUGGCAGCAGGUGCCUCCUGGGGAGCUGGGGCCAUGUGAGCGGACGUGCCCGGAGCCCAACGCCACAGAGACUUGGGGCACCUGCCGCAUGGGGCAGGCCCCGGGGUGUGUGUGCCGGCAUGGGCACUUGCGCAGCCAUGUGGGCCACUGCGUGCCCCUGGACCGCUGCGAGUGCUGGCGCCAUGGGCAUCCCCACUCGCCUGGAUCCGAAUGGCAGGAAGCCUGUGAGAGCUGUCGCUGCCUCCACGGGAGGAGUGUCUGCACCCAGCACUGUCCCCCCCUCACCUGUGCCCAGGGUGAGGUGACUGUGCAGGAACCAGGAAGCUGCUGUCCCACUUGCCGCCAAGAGACUCUGGAAGAGCAGUCAGCCUCCUGCCGGCAUCUCACCGAGCUGCGCAACCUCACCAAGGGCCCCUGCCACCUGGACCAGGUAGAAGUGAGCUACUGCAGUGGACACUGCCCGUCCAGCACCAACGUCAUGCCUGAGGAGCCGUACCUGCAGAGCCAGUGCGGAUGCUGCAGCUACAGCCUCGACCCCGAGAGCCCCGUGCGGGUCCUGACCCUGCGCUGUCCCGGCGGCCGCACGGAGCCCGUGGUGCUGCCCGCCAUCCGCAGCUGCCAGUGCAGCGCCUGCCUCGGAGGGGAUUUCUCAAAGCACUGAGGGCUCCGCUGUUAGAGGCUGCCUCCGCCCUUCAUGCCAUCACAGGACUCAGAGGCACUGAACCCAUCCUCCUCUGUACUGACCCUCCCACUCCUUGCCCUGGUACCAGCAACUUCCAAAUAAAGUGUCA